CAGGGGUGCCGCCUGCCGCUGAAACAAGAUGGCUGUGCGCGCAGGAGGAGCAGCGGAGGAGAGCUGAGGCAAUGCAGAGGAGGAAAGAGAGGGGGGCCAGGGUUUUCACUCCCGUGCGUGCGUGUGUGUAUAUAUGUGUGUGUGCGUGUCUCGUCCUGCCCGUAAAAAGAGCAACAGAGGAAAACAAAGCGAGAAGGACCGCUGACACGAUGCCGGCUCGUCUCCCUUACCAGUUUGAGUGUUUGUCCCAGUAACCAGGAGACUAACGGAGCAAACAAACCCCGGAGCUGUCAGCAGAGGACAGAGGACAGCCAGAGAUGUCCCUGCUGUGCGUGGGAGUGAAGAAAGCCAAACUGGAUGGACCCCAAGAGAAGUUCAACACGUACGUGACUCUGAAGGUACAAAAUGUGAAGAGCACAACCAUUGCUGUCAGGGGCGACUUGCCCAGUUGGGAGCAAGACUUCAUGUUUGAAAUUAGCCGCCUCGACCUGGGUCUGACAGUAGAGGUGUGGAACAAAGGGUUAAUCUGGGACACCAUGGUCGGCACUGUGUGGAUUCCCCUCCGUAGCAUCCGACAGUCAAAUGAGGAAGGUCCAGGGGAGUGGCUCACACUGGACUCUCAGGUCAUCAUGUCUGAUAAUGAGAUCUGUGGCACCAAAGAUCCCACUCUCCACCUGGUGCUACUCGACACACGCUUCGAGCUGCCUCUCGAUAUCCCAGAGGAUGAGGCAAGGUACUGGGCCAAAAAACUGGAGCAGCUCAACGCCAUGCGGGACCAAGAUUAUUCAUACCAAGAGGAUCAGGAACGCCCUCUCCGUGUACCAAGCACCCAGUGCUGUAACUGGAAUCUAUGGGGAGAACAACAAAAUGAGGAUCCAGACAGUGCUGUGGACGACAGGGACAGUGACUAUCGCAGUGAAACCAGUAACAGCAUCCCCCCUCCCUACUACAGCACAUCUCAGCCCAACGCCUCUGUCCACCAAUAUCCCAUCAGCCACCAGCACCGCAGCUCCAGAAGCCCCUCUUACCCACACUCGGGCAACAGCCAGGACCCCGACUUCAACAAUCAGAGGACUGUCAGCCCCACGGGGAGCUAUGCAUCGUCUGCAGAGUUGAGUCGGUGCAGCAGUCAGCUGAGCGAGGAGGAUUAUGUCGUUGAGUAUGGAGAGAGGGACCCUUACGACGAGAACGACUCGUACCACUCCUGCCAUUCCUCAGUCAGCUGCAGCAAAGGCUCUCCUGACUGGGACCCUGAUGAGACUCAGGGGGCGUACAGCGAUGAGGGUGGUUACAGCAAAGACGGAGGAGAGGAGGUGGCUCUGUACGAGGAGGAGGAUGGCGGACUGUAUGAGGGAGAAGAGGAUGGCCUCUAUGAGGAUGAGGAGAUGUUGUAUGAUGAUGAGGAUUUGUACAACUUGGAAGGGACUCUCAGUGAGGACAUGGAGCCUCCUUUCACUCCCACGCCAACGUCAACUGUCCCUCCAACUCUCGAUGUUCCUAACUCCAGACCUCCUCUAGAAAAACAGCCGUCCCUCCACCAACAGCAGCCUGCUACUAAGCCCUCUAACCAAACAUCCAACCAGGCUCAUCCUCCUGGCGUGGCCGCAGCAGCACAGCCCCAAUCUGCUCAACCAACAGCCCAACCACCUAAACAGCCCCAAGCACAGCCACAGCCAGCCCCAUCAGCUACUUCCUUCUUUUCAAUGGCCAAACCUCUUACAGCUGCAGUCACAGGCUUGGCCUCUACUUUCCUCUCCUCGGUUCCCACCGCCCAACCCGCCCAGUCUCAACCUCCAGCCUCUGCCGUAUCGCAACAGCACCAGUCUGUUGCAGCCAACUCUGUCCCUCCAUCCCACCUGUCCACCGUGACUAACUCAGCCUCUCAGCACCCCUCCACCGCCACGGGUCCCUCAUCCAAACAGAUCCCAGCAUCUGCAGAGCCCCAAUCCCAAUUCAGUGAUCCUGCCACCACACAGUCGGCUGCCCACGAGGACCAGGCUCCCCAGCUUGAGGAAGAACUGUGGCUAGAGGAGGAAAUGAUUUUGGAGAGUGAGGAAAGGACCCCCCCAGCCCAGCCGGAGGAGAUGCUCCCCAUGGAGGAGGAGGAGGAGGAGCAGUUUGAAGAGAGCAGACCCCCGACGCCAGGAGAGUUGGAAGAGAUACCACCUGAGAGCCCUCCAGUUAUAGAAGAGCCCAAAGAGCCAGUCGAUCCAGCAGUCAGAGCCAAAGAGAACUGGCUCAGGCUUUACAACAAGGUCUUACAGCAGCUGCGGGAGGCUCGAGGAGAGACUUCCAACUCACUGUGGUUCGGUAAAGGAGGAAUGGGAGGUGCACUCUACAGCAUUGACAGCAUGCCUGACCUUCGCAAAAGGAAAGCCAUUCCUCUUGUCAGAGAUCUGGCUAACCAUGUUGAUUUGGCCAUGUCUCUGGUGCAGAACUCUCGUAAAGCUGGCAUCACAUCAGCCAUGGCUUCCACCACUCUUGGAAAUGAAGAGUUGAAGAGCCAUGUCUAUAAAAAGACUCUACAGGCUCUGAUCUACCCCAUCUCCUCCACUACUCCUCAUAACUUUGAGGUGUGGACAGCCACCACCCCCACCUACUGCUAUGAAUGUGAGGGGCUGCUGUGGGGUAUCGCCCGCCAAGGCAUGCGCUGCUCCGAGUGCGGCGUCAAAUGCCACGAUAAGUGCCAGGACCUACUCAAUGCCGACUGUCUGCAGAGAGCUGCAGAGAAGAGCUCCAAGCACGGGGCUGAGGACCGGACCCAGAACAUCAUCAUGGUCCUGAAGGACCGCAUGAAGAUCAGAGAGAGGAACAAACCGGAGAUCUUUGAGCAGAUACAGGAAGUGUUUGCCCUCGACAAAUCCACACAUGCCACGCACAUGAAGCAGAUCAAGCAGAGCGUGCUUGACGGGACCUCAAAAUGGUCGGCAAAGAUCAGCAUCACUGUGGUGUGUGCUCAGGGCUUGCAGGCUAAAGACAAAACAGGCUCCAGUGACCCGUAUGUCACUGUUCAAGUUGGGAAGACCAAGAAGAGAACCAAGACUAUCUAUGGCAACCUCAACCCUGUCUGGGAAGAAAAUUUCCACUUCGAGUGCCAUAACUCGUCCGACCGGAUCAAGGUCCGCGUGUGGGACGAGGACGAUGACAUCAAGUCUCGUGUGAAACAGAGGUUCAAACGUGAGAGCGAUGACUUCCUGGGUCAAACCAUCAUUGAAGUCCGCACUCUGAGCGGGGAGAUGGAUGUCUGGUACAACCUGGACAAGAGAACAGAUAAGUCUGCUGUGUCGGGAGCCAUCCGGAUGCACAUAAGUGUGGAAAUCAAAGGGGAGGAGACGGUAGCUCCGUACCAUGUCCAGUACACCUGUCUACAUGAGCAUCUGUUCCAGUACACCACUGAGGAGCAGAACGGCGGUGUAGUAAAAAUCCCUGAUGCCAAAGGAGAUGAUGCCUGGAAGGUGUAUUUUGAGGAGACGGCUCAGGAGAUAGUGGACGAGUUCGCCAUGAGAUACGGAGUCGAGUCCAUCUACCAGGCCAUGACCCACUUUGCCUGCUUAUCGUCCAAGUACAUGUGCCCAGGAGUGCCCGCUGUGAUGAGCACCCUGCUGGCCAACAUCAACGCUUACUACGCCCACACCACCCAGUCGUCCAACAACGUUUCUGCCUCGGACAGAUUUGCUGCAUCAAACUUUGGCAAGGAGAGGUUUGUCAAACUGCUGGAUCAGCUGCACAACUCCCUGAGGAUCGACCUGUCCAUGUACCGGAAUAACUUCCCUGCCAGCAGUCCUGAAAGACUACAAGAUCUCAAGUCUACUGUUGAUCUCUUGACAAGCAUCACAUUCUUCAGGAUGAAGGUCCAGGAGCUGCAGAGUCCCCCGAGGGCGAGCCAGGUGGUGAAGGACUGCGUGAAAGCCUGUCUCAACUCCACCUACGAGUAUAUCUUCAACAACUGUCACGACCUCUACAAUAGGGAAUAUCAGACAGACCCUUCAAAGGCAGUGCCUCCAGAUGAGCAGGGGCCCAACAUCAAGAACCUCGACUUCUGGUCCAAACUCAUCACUCUCAUCGUCUCCAUCAUAGAAGAGGACAAAAACUCCUACACGCCUUGUCUUAAUCAGUUUCCCCAGGAACUGAAUGUGGGCAAGAUUAGCGCUGAGGUCAUGUGGAAUAUGUUUGCACAAGAUAUGAAAUAUGCCAUGGAGGAGCACGAGAAGAACCGCCUGUGUAAAAGUGCAGAUUAUAUGAACUUGCACUUCAAGGUGAAGUGGCUCUAUAAUGAAUACUGCAAGGAGCUGACCACUUUCCAGAAGCACGUCCCUGAAUAUCCAGCCUGGUUUGAGCCAUUUGUCAUCAUGUGGUUGGAUGAAAAUGAGGAGGUGUCCAGAGAUUUUCUUCAUGGAGCCCUGGAGAGGGACAAAAAAGAUGGGUUCCAGGUCACAUCAGAGCACGCUUUGUUCUCCUGCUCGGUGGUGGACGUGUUCUCUCAGCUCAAUCAAAGCUUUGAAAUCAUCCGCAAGCUGGAGUGUCCUGACCCGCAGAUUGUUGGGAACUACAUGAAGAGAUUCGCCAAGACCAUCGGCAAUGUCCUGUUGUCUUAUGCUGACAUCAUAGCGAAAGACUUCCAUAAUCAUGUCAAGAAGGAGAAAGUGCCGUGUAUCAUCAUCAAUAACAUCCAGCAGCUCAGGGUUCAGUUGGAGAAGAUGUUUGAGGCCAUGGGAGGCAAAGAUCUCAACUUGGAGGCCAGUGACUUCCUGAAGGAGCUGCAGAACAAACUCAACAGCGUCAUGGAUGACCUCAGCCGCAUUUUUGCAGUCAGUUUCCAGCCCCAGAUUGAGGACAACGUGAGGCAGAUGGGGGAUAUCCUGGCUCAAGUCAAAGGUCAGACUGUACCAGCCAAUGGCAGCGUGGUUCAGGAGGCCGACAACGUCCUACAGCCCAUCAUGGACUUCCUGGACAGCAAUCUGUCGCUGUUUGCUAAGAUCUGUGAAAAGACCGUCCUGAAGAGAGUGCUGAAAGAGCUGUGGAAACUGGUGAUGAACACAAUGGAAAAAACAAUUGUUCUUCCAACUCUCACUGAUCAGACGGUUAAUGGCACCCAGAUGAUCUUCAAUGCUGCUAAGGAGCUGGGCCAGCUUUCUAAGCUCAAGGAGCACAUGGGGCGAGAGGAGGCCAAAGCUCUGACUCCUAAACAGUGUGCAGUUAUAGAGCUGGCACUGGACACCAUUAAGCAAUACUUUCAUGCUGGUGGCGUGGGCCUGAAGAAAACGUUCUUGGAGAAGAGUCCAGACCUGCAGUCUCUGCGCUACGCCUUGUCUCUGUACACGCAGGCCACGGACAAACUCAUCAGGAAGUUUGUCCUCUCGCAGAACGCUCAGGUCCACGGAGGGAAAGGGGUCAGGUACUCGGCAAACGAAGACACACCGCCAGAGAAAGCAUCUGGAGUGGACUCAGUUGGCGAAGUGAUCAUGAACGUGGAUAUCUUACCCCAACCUAAUGGAGAACACAAGAUCAAUGUGAAAGUGGUGGCUGCAAAUGACCUGAAGUGGAGGGCGCAGGGCUUCAGGCCUUUCGUGGAGGUUUACAUCAUCGGCCCUCACCUCAGUGACAAGAAGAGGAAAUUUGCCACCAAGUCCAAGAACAACAGCUGGUCUCCAAAGUUCAGCGAGAGCUUCCAGUACUCCCUCGGCACUGAGGUGGGUCCAGAGAGCUACGAGCUGCAAGUUUGUGUGAAGGACUACUGCUUCGCCAGGGAGGACCGCACCGUGGGAAUGGCCCUGCUGCAGGUGAAGGAAAUAGCCAGCAAGAGCAGCAUCACCUGCUGGAUGCCGCUGGGAAGACGUGUCCACAUGGACGAGACGGGCCUGACGGUGCUGCGCAUCCUCUCUCAGCGCAACAACGACGACGUGGCAAAGGAGUUUGUGAAGCUCAAGUCGGACCAGCGCUCGGCUGAGGAGGGCCGCAGCUGAGGGAGGAGGAGGAGAGAGCGAGGACACGCGUGUGCACAAGAACAGCAGAGACCUGAGCGACAUAGUAUUAUGCACACAUGUCGUAGUCACACCCACAUAGAUAGGCAACCAUGUGCAAUACACAAGCACACACAUGAAAACGCUCUAUUGUACAUAUAUCUGCAUACAUUAUGCAACAUUUACAUAGCAAUGGUAUCAAUGCAAACACCAAGGAAUAGGUUUUUAAAAAAUCCCAUUUCAUUUUGAAUAUUUCAACAGCUCGACUCAAACCUCUCAGUUUAACGUUAGCCUCACAUUAGCAAGCACCUGUCACUCACUCUUUCCUACAGCGCAUCGCACCUUUUUAUACGCUGUAAAUUUCGAUGUGAUAAAACGCAACGCAGAACAACGACCGUGUGAAUAGUUUGAGAGAGACCACUUUGCACUUUGCUUCUGUGUCUUCAGGAGGCCCGUCCCCACCCUGCUACGAUCUGUCCGUCUGCUUGCCGGUGUUGUCUCCCCCCCACUCCCCUCCCCCAUUGUUUCAUCUGCUUCGUCUCCUCACGGUGUGGUGACGUGAUGUGUGAGGCACAGAUCUAAGAUCACAAAACAGAGAAAACACUGACCUUAGAUCAGUGUCCAAAGGGGAAACAUCUCUGCCAGUCUGUCCUGUAAUGUACUAAAGUCCUGCAUGUUGACUCCAGGACACUGUGAUUGGCUCUGCUGUAACCAUGGCAACCACUCCCCUCCCACACACAAAAAAAAAAAGGACGCCUCCAAUAUUUGACCUGUGCGAGCAUGGUGCACAUAACCCUGGUACCGUAACGUUUUUAUAGAUCAGACCCGACGAGACUUUGUGAUCCUGGAGGAAACGCCAACAGUGGAACGGGGACGAGCCUCACGUGUGAUGUGUCCAUAAAAGCAAAGGUUUUGGCCACAGUGUGCUUUUUUAAAAGAAAAAAACUCUAAUUGCUUCACAUCACCAAACGAGGCAACACUCCAGCAUCGAACACGUCCACACCCCUGGAGAGCACAUGACCUCUAGGAAGGGCUACGGGAUCCGUGGACUGGGAUGUGACUUUACGCACCGAGGUCGAUGCUUCUGUUGGCAGACGGCGGCUCUGCCACAGACACACACAGUCUUUCAUCAGUGACACUGUGGAACUUGAAAAAAUAAAUAUAAUAAUCCACCUGAAGCCUAAAAGGACACAUCCCCCUGUGGAACACUCUCCUCCUGGUCGCCUGCACACGCACCCAAACCCUCCUCUUCAAGGCAAUAGUGUGUGUUUGUACGUCCACUGACGCUCGUGGUUUUUAGCACUAAAAGAACCCUGUGUGAACACUGCUGUGUCUUUUGUUAGUGUGUGUGUGCAUGUGCGUGAAGGUGUGAGUGUGUGUGCGCGUGGGCCGACUGUCACACCUGCAAAAUGGGCUCGGAGAUUGUGAGCAAUAUACUGUCCCUACAUACCCCAAAUGUCUGCGCUGUCAGUUUAACUACAGGAGCACCGACUGCAAUAUCCAGAUCCAAGGAAUGGGAAACUUACGAUUCUUUUCUUCUUUCUUUUUUUUACUUAUAUAUUUUCUUUAUGGACUCAUGAAAAGCUUUUCCUCACAUAUUUUGGAUACGAGAGAAGGAAAGUGUCUGUUGCUAUUUUUGCCUUCAGCAGGACCAAAUUUGCACGAACCAGGGCUCAUGUUUGUUUGUUUGUUUGUUUGUUUCUCAGAGAAAGAAGCCAUCGGAGUCACCGCCGAGCAGGGGCGGGGUUCAAGUAUCAGUCUCGCCAUGUGCUUUCGAUGAACCCCUUUAUCGUUCGCUCGCCAAAAAAAAAGGUUUCACAGUCACGGUCUGGCUCAUGGUUCAGCGUGAGAAAGUGGAACUUCAUGAUGUCGGUAACACUGAGUAAACGCUGCAGGAGGUUUUUUCUUUUCCUGUCAGACAUCACUGCUGGCCUGUCACAUGUUGUCUUUACUCAAUACUGUUGAAUGCUACCAAAAACAAAUCUUCUGAAUGUUAUUGAUCCCCAGCAGAGCCGUCUUUCUUUCUACGACCAACUAAUCAGCUAAAUCUAAAACCAAGACCUUGUCGGGAACUCGCCAACUCAUGCCUUUUGAUCGAGGCCUCCAAAUUUCCCUGAAAUCAAUGGAUCAUGUUUCAGUCAUGCUUGUGUUUGUGUGUGUUUCUUGAGGGGGAGGGGUGAACUAGCGUUUUAGAAGGAGCCUUCCUCCCCUUCUUUUGUGACACACAGUGCAGUUACAUUCUUCUUCAUGUGUUAACUAAGUAAUCCCAGGGCUCAAGAGGAAACUUGACGAAAAAGCAACAAAAAAUAAAAUGAAGGUCCACUUCGGGGCUCAGUCGGUUGCCUGCUUCAUGUAUUUACGCAUACAGACACCACUGCACACACACACACACACACACACACACACACACACACACAUCUCUGCUCAAGCACAAAAGGGCACAUGUCGGAUGACACACAUGCAUGCAUGCACGCCGACACAACUCUGUUGAGACCAAACGAUGCCCACUCUGUGAAUAGAACCAACUUACAAUUGCAUGAUGGGAAACUUUAUUGUGCCAGCACGUGUCUCUUCGAUGUGACUUGACUCUUGUUUUACAUUUCUCCUUGUUUUUUAAUUUCCUGAGCUAUGUAAUAACGAUGACUCAUCAAUGUUGUUUCUUUUUUCUGUUUUUCAAAAUGGCUUGUGAAUACGUCUCCUGUAACCAAUAUGAAUGUGAACACAGAACUCGCAUGAGAGAAUUAUUUUCUACCGAGGAUUGUUUCUAAUUUGUUUCUUAUCAUUAUCGAUCGUUCUUUAAUGAGGAUGAAUUGGAACUGGAAUGCAGCCUGAUUGUGAUCUGCUUCCUAUUAAAAGGACAUUUAUGUCACAAUCUAAA